AAAGUUAGUCUAUCGCUAUCAGACUGGCAACGCUUGCGAAAAGUCGAGUUGGCAUUUGUACUCGAAAAAUUCCAUUUAAAUACAAAAUAACCAAACUGCAGAAAAUUAUUAAAUAAGUAACACACUGGCGUAAUUGAGGAAAAGUUUCGUUUUUCCCAGCUAACGCACUGCGACAACAUGUUGCACAACAAUGCCAGCUGGCUGCCACCGCCGCAACAACGGCAUCGUCUGCAGCAACAACAGCAACAGCAACAACAGCAAAUGCAACAGCAACAACAAUUGCAGCAGCAGGCAUCUCAAAUACAUCACAAUCAGUCGCCGUCACAGUCGCAGCCUCUGCCUCAGCCGCAGCCGCAGCCGCAGCUUUAUGCCAGCCAAAUGUUUCAACAACAGCUGCCACAGCCCGGCCAACAAGCAUUUUGGCCAGAACAGGAACAACAGUCGUCGUCGCUCAGCUAUAACAAUUACUUUGCCGGCACAGCACAACCCAAGCCACUGAGUUAUGGAUCACCUGCAACAGUUCCUACUCCUGUUUCUGCUCCCGCUCCAGCAACAGCACCAGCACCUGCUGUUCCACUGACCUAUGCACAGCCCGAUAUGAUGUCCGCUCAACAACAAUAUUAUCAACCAUCACCAUUGGUGCAGCAGCAGCCGGAGCCACAGAUACAGCCAGCUGCCGAGUUCUUUGAUAAUAAUAAUAGUGGCAAAAAUGAUGGAUGGGGUGAUUGGGGCGAUUGGAAUGAUAAUGUCAACAACAAUAGCAAUAACAACAUUAGCAACAUUAGCAACACUAACAACAACAACAGCGGCAUUAAUAGCCACAAUGAGGUGUCGCCGGUCGCUAACAUUGUGGAGGAUUCCUUUAAUGUGCAAGGCCAGAGCACCUGGCACACCUUUAGUAAUAACCUAAACACCAGCAACAACCUCAAUACCAGCAAUACCAACAACAACAACAAUAAUAAUAAUACUGAACCAAGCAAAUCAUUGGAAUUGCCGCCUUUGCUAUCGCCCUCCGCGGAGCAACUGUCGCCCGUGUCGGAGCCCGAACUGAAUGCCAUUGUGCCCCCACAAGCUUUCCAAAAUCAGCCACCUGCAGCUUCUUCAGUGGCAGGACCUCCAGUAGCAGCAGCCCCUCCAGUGACUGCUCCUCCACCGGGCAAUCCUCCAUCGGCCGCUCCUCCUGUUGCCGCGACGCCUGUGCUGCCACCGCCUUCAAUGGACUCGGCAGCCGGAAAUCCUUUCAAGCGUUCCGGUGGACUAAGCCAGCGCGUGAAUAUAUUGGCCACACCAGGUGCAUCGGCAGCGGCAGCACCAGCACCAACUCCAAUUGUGCCCAUGCCAGCUGCAGCGCCUGUACAGAUGCUGAUGCCGGAACCAAGCCAGCCGGAGCAGCCGUAUGAGAAUCAGGAGGUACUGCUAGCAGCGCCCAAUGACGAGCGUGCACAAUACCUGCAGACGAGUCAUCUGUCUGAGCAGCACGAGGAGGAGGCCAACGAGGGCAACUGGGAGGCGGAUGGACUGUUGCCGCCGCCAGGCCUGUCGCGACUUGUGCUUGGACAGCCGGAGCUGGUGGAGCAGCAACGUCUGGUCACUGGCACCGAGCAGCCAGCCAGUCAUGUGGCCAAUGCGCUGCAUAUGUCCGACCGCCAAGCCGAUGGCGAGGACACCUCCGAGGGUGAGCAGCCGAUGCGUACUGAUCUCUUCCACCCGCAGCAGCAACAACAGCAGCAGCUGCAGCAACAACAUCAGCAGCACCAGCAACAGCAACAACAACAGCAACAGAUGCAGACAUCAGCGCAUCGCGUAGUAACGGGCGUGGAGACGCACGCCCAAGCCGUGGUGCUGUCCGGAGAGCAACGUGAGGUGGUGCUUGACGGCGAGAAUCUGGAGGAUCAGCGGCCAGUGCAGCCGCCAGCGUCGCUGACAGUGCCGACAACAACAGCAACUGGUGGAGCAGUAGGAGGAGUGGGUACAGGUGCAUCGGGAUCAGCCGCUGCAAUUGAACUGGAUUCGGAAAUACAUCAAACACAUCACAUUAGCAACGAGGACAAUGAGACGAGCGUGCAGCAGCAGUUGCAACAACAGCAACUGUUGCUCGAGAAGAAGCAGCAGCAACAUGCACGUGGCAAGCCCCGUCCGGCGGCCUCGCUCGAUCUGGAGUCGGAGGAUGAGUCCGAGGAUGAGUGGCUGCUAAGUGAUAGGCAUGACCUGCCGCCGCGACGUCAGACGGAUGAGCGGAGCAUGCGCAGCUUGCGCAGCAAUCGCCGCCAUUAUAGCAGCAACAACACGAGCAACAACUACGAAGGCGAAACAGAGGAUUCGGCACGUGCUGUGGGCGGCGGCGGUGCCGGCGGAGGCCCAGCUGGCCACAACGAGAGCAACAGCAGCAGCAAAUCGGGCCGUGAUAUGAAGCGACGCAGCCGUGAUGCGGAUCAGCAUCGCAGACAUGAGCCGGAGCGCAGUGGCAGAGAGCGCAGCGACAGAGAACGGGAGCGGGAACGAGAGCGUGAACGUGAACGUGAACGUGAACGGGAACGGGAACGUGAAAGGGAACGCGAAAGAGAGCGUGAUCGCCAUACGUGGCGACGCGAUGAUACGAUGUAUCGAAUGUCGCGGUAUAGCAACAACAACAGCAACUACGACGGCGAGUCGGACGCAGCCGUCCAGGCGGCAGCCAGCGAUGGCGGCGGCGGAGGUGGCGGCAGCGCUGCCGGCAGCGGCACAGGCGGACGCAAAAGCAAGGGAAGCCGUCACAGCCGCAGCGCUGUGGCCGCCGACGACGACUACGAUGACUAUGAGAUGCGAUCGAUGCCACGCGGCGGCAGUCACUAUCGCUCGAGGCGCUCGGAGAAGCAGGCCCCCUCCUCGCAGCAGGACAAACAGCGCAGCAGCCGGCGCAGCCAUGAUGGCGGCGAGCGAGGGCGUCACUCGCAUCACGCGGACUGGCAGCAGCAGCAAUGGGAUGCGCGCACCUACGAGGGCUACCGCAACAAGAGCUCGCGCAACAGCGACCUCAAGAAGGAGUCGGUCAAUGGCAGCAGCAAGCGACGCAAUUACGAACAGUAUGCAAAUCCAACGGCCGGCUACGAUCCGUUCAGCAUCUACGAGCAGAUGUCGUGUGAUCCGCGCGCCUAUAUGGACAUGUACACCAAGUUGUAUGGCCAGAUGAUGAUGAGCGCUGCGGUGAAUGCGGGCGCCGCAUCGAAGGCAGCAAAGCAUCCGAUGCACGAUCAGCUGAUCGGUAUGGAUCCCAGGGCUUUUGUGGACCGCACCGGCGCUGGCUCUGCUGCCGGCGUUGGCAACGAGGACGCGCUCAGUGAGCGGGAAAGGUACACACACGCAUACAUAACACAAGCCAAUGAAUUCCAUCGUCGUCGCCAACAACUGAAUCUCUAUCAGCAACAACAACAGCAGCAACAACAACAACAACAACAGCAACAUGAUUAUUCGGAUCUAUUGAACAGCACACUAGGGGGCGAUGACAGCGCCAGCCUCUAUGGCAGCGAUACACACAGCAACAAUCGACAUCUCAGGUUGGCUUCCUAUGGCAUCUCCAGCGCUCGUUCGUUAAGCAAUUUGAACUGUGAGGAUGCAACGAUAGCCGGAUAUAAGCGUUAUUAUGCUGGCUCGGAAUGCGGCGUCGAUAUCAGAGCUGCUGUUGGUGGUGCAACAACAACGACUCUCGACAGCAAUGCGGACGCCACGGCAAUGGGCAACGCGAGCGUGGCGCGUCCGCCGCGACGUCGCACACCGCUGCUGCACAAUCAGCCGCACCUGGUGGCCAACUACUCGAUGAGCGUGCUGCUGCGCGUGCGCCCCAUGUACGCUGGACCCGGACGUUUGCGCAACGAGGUGGAUGUGGCAGCGCCCAGGAUCAAGGAUGCCACCAGCAGUCUGCUGCGCGCCUAUCCCGGCCCGUUGCAGGGUCGCAAGCUGCACAAGGACAAGAUCAUCAGCUUCUGCAAGGAGCAGAUUCGCUUGGGCCCGUCGCGCUCCUGCAGCAUUCUGUACGCCACACAGACAAAGCCGCUGGGCAGCGUGGACAAAUAUCGUGCCUCGCACGCACUCAUGUGGAAUCUACUCAUACUGCUGCUGCGACAGAAUGGGGUCAUUGCCGACACGGAUGUGGGCGAUCUGCUGCUGGAGAAUCAGCGCGAAUACCCGUAUGCACCGGAAGCUGAGGCGGAUGCCGAAUCAGCGGACACCGACUCAGCGGAUGCUGACUCAGCGGCUGUGCGUAUCGUGGGAGAUCGUAGCGAGACUGCCAAUGACUCAGAUGGCGAGGCUGUGACAAAAGCUCCGGCUGCUGCAGCUGCUGCUGGGGCUGCGGAGACUGAACAGGAUGCUGAUGCAGAUGCGGCUGCCACAGAGGCGCCCAUGUCGGAGCAAGCUGCCACCGACAAGUUUCGCAGCUUUGUGCUGCGCGGCAACGUCGAGGAGGCGCUGCAAUGGGCCACCGAUCACAACCUGUGGACGCACGCCUUCUUCUUGGCCCUCUACGAGGAUCGCUAUGCCCUCACAGAUGUGGCACAAAAGUUUCUCAGUCGCGCCAUCAAAGCGAACGACCCGCUCCAGACGCUCUAUCAGAUGAAGAGCUGCCAUACGCCCGCCUGCGUUAGCCAGCUGCGCGACGAGCAAUGGGGCGACUGGCGUUCGCAUCUCUCCAUCCUGGUGACCAAUAAAUCGCGUCAGCCCGAAUACGAUCGCAGCUCGGUGGUUGCUCUGGGCGAUACGCUCUUUCAGCGCGGCGACAUCUAUGCGGCGCACUUCUGCUAUCUAGUUGCACAGGAGGAGUUCGGACGUUACGACAGCGGUGCCACGGAACUGACCACGCUGACAGCCAAUGUGCCCAGGCUCAUCUUGCUGGGCGCCUCACACUACAAGCCGUUCAAUGAGUUUGCCAGCAACGAGGCAAUCAUCAUGACGGAGAUCUACGAGUACGCACGCUCGCUGUUCGAUAACAAGUUCAGCAUUGUGAACUUCCAGCACUACAAAUUCCUGUUGGCCACACGCAUCCUGGACUAUGGGCAGCAUUUCCGCUGCACCAACUAUCUGGAGCAGAUCGCCAAUCACAUUGAGCUCAAGCCGGAUAGCUAUGAUGCGGACUUUAUAAAACGCGUUUGCGGGCUGGCUGAGCGCUUGCGCUAUUAUGAUCCCAUACUGAUCAAUCGUGUGUCCUUUGCAAGUCCAACGAAUGCAACUAAUGGCGGUCAGGCGGCGCCACAAGUCGGUGCUCCUGAGGAAAAGGAAUGGCUGCGCCAGCUGCGCGCGCUGGCUGAUCAGCAGCCACAAGAGCAACAACAUCUACAGCAGCAGCAACAGCAAGCGGAUAUUGAUCAGCAAUUCGUGGACUUGAAUAAGCAAAUGCGCGAGCUGAACAUGCAAUAUGAGGACACCAUGCAGCGCGAGCAGGAGGCGCAGCAGGAGCACCAGCAACAGCAGCAACAUCAGCCGGAAUACUAUGAGCAAUCGGCUCAAGUGCAGCCGAGUCACGAGCAAGCGCUCACCGAUAGCUAUGCGCCGCCUUUGUACUACGAUCCGAAUGCAGCACAGCAACAGCAACAGCAACAGCAGCAGCAGCAACAACAGCAGCAGCAACACCUGUAUGAUCCCUCACAGCAACAGUUGCAGCCGGGCGCUGUCUAUGGGCACAUUGAGACUGCAACCGAGGCAUAUGGCAGCCACAAUACGCCAGCCUAUGAUGCACAGCCAGCAGCAACAUCUGGCUACGAUUAUUGGCCCGGGGAUGGACAGCAGCCGUUUGGCGAUGAGCUGGCGCAGAUGGAGAGCAAUGACCAAAUUGCUGACGACAGCAACAACAUGAGUAGCAGCAAUCUAGACAAUAGCAACAAUAUUGUAGCAGCAGCAGCAGCAGCAGCAACAGCAGCUGAAACUGUAGCUGUAGCUGAAGCUGAAACAGAUGCUGAUGUGGAGCAAACACAGCAGCAACAAUUGCAGCUGCCGCAGCCAAGUGCUUACAGCAGCAGCAGCAGCAGCAGCAAGAGCAGCAGCAGCAACAUGAUGGACCAUAGCAACAAUCGCUUUAAACACAAUGCCUUAAAGCUGCACGCUGCUGGCAAUGGCAAGCAAAUGCAUUGCGCCAGCCAUGACCAGGACAAGAGCAAACAAUUGUCACGCAAAUUGCAAUUUGGCAACAGCAGCAGCAACAACAACCACAACAACAAUAUUGCGGAAAUGAGUGCAACAACAACAGCGAAGCCAUUUAAUUUGAAUGAUCAACAUCAGCAAAGGCUGCCCACAAUUUCGAUGCCAAAAUCAAAGAGUUACGAUGACGACGAUGGAGCUGUUACGGCCGGAAACUCCACGUCCGGCAAUGCAACAGCAAAGACAGGCAAAGAGCAGCAGCAACAGCAACAAGCCGGAGCUGGCGGCUUGCCAGGCGGGCAGGGCAACCAGAACUCCGGCUGGUUUGGCGGGCUGUGGAACAAGUUUUCGCUGAAGCCCAAAAAUCAAAUGAUCUUGCCGGACGACAAGAAUCCGACAAUUGUUUGGGAUAAGGAGCGCAAGUGCUGGACAAACACUGAGGGCAAUGCCGAUGAGGCGGAAUCAUUUAAGCCGCCACCAAAGAUGAGCGACAUGGGCGCCACACCAGCACCAGCACCAGCGCCAGCACCAGCUCUCAAUACUUUGGGCAAUGUGCCAAUGCCAAUGGCGGCGCCAAAUCUGCUGCCACAGCAGUCCAUGACUGCACCCGAGCUGCCCAACAAUGCGAAUGUCUAUGAGAAUCAAGCGGAAUACGAUUACGGAGCUGGCUAUCAGGAGACAAUGUAUGGAGGAGCACCCGCAGCAACAGCAGCCGAAAUCCCUGCAAUGCCUGCGCCAGCUGCCUCGCCGGCACAUGGUCUAGCCACAGCUCCCGUUCCAGCAGCAACAGCAGCGGCAGCGGCAGCAGCAGGAGCAGCAACGGUGCCUGGUGGCUCGCAGCCAAAGCUUCAAUCGAACAUGUUCAAAAUUAAACGCAAUCGCACGCUGAAGAACUCCUACGUUGAUGUAUUCAAUCCAUCUGGUGCGCCCAUCUCUGCAGCGCCACAGAAUGUGCUGGCGCCAGCAAUGGCGCCGGUUGCCGUGCCACAGGGCGGUUUCUUUGUGCCUGGCGCGAUGCCAAUGCAACAGCAGCAGCAGCAGCAACAACAACAACAUCAACAGCCGCAGCAGCAGCCGCAGCAAUAGCAAUAGCAGCAAUUGGAGUAGCGAAUGAAAAUGUUGUUAACAAACAAUAUAAUAUAAUAUAAUAUUAUAUAUAAUAAUUCCCAAGUAAUACGUAAUCAACACAAGAGCUGAACAACAACAACAACAUCGACAACGACACACAAACACGAGCAACAACAGAAAAUACUUUCUUUUAUAACUUUCUGCAUGCUGGAAAGAACAGACGGAUAAAACACGAGACAAAUAUAACAACUUGGCAGCUUCACUGCGUGUUUUUUUUGUUGUUUACAUCUUAGUUUUUGUUUUUCGUUUUCUUCCUUCAUCUGUCCUUACGAAACAAAAAAAAAAAAAAAAGGAAAACAAGCUGUAAUUGUAUGACUGUGUGCGUUUAGCGAAAUUGAUAUCAAAUUUAUGUAUGAUUAGCAAAAAAAAAAAAUAUAUAUAUAUAAAUGUAAAUUUGUAUUCCCCUCCUUAUGUAAACGAUUGGAAUAAACCAUUCAGCCACACCCCCUCCCCCACCCACGCAAGAAAAUUGUUUGCUUAACUAAAUAUAUAUAUAUAUAUAUAUAUUUAUGUAAUUACAUAAAUUAAUUAAUUCA